AUGACUCGACACGGAAGACGUAUUAAACGUUGCGGUACUUGUGUUGAGCGCAAGGUUAAAUGCGAUGAGCAGCAACCCUACUGUCAACGAUGUAAAAAUGCAGGUCUUGCAUGCUCGGGUUAUCACAGUCAACUAAAGUUUGUCGACGAGGGGACUCGGUUCGCUUCGACUCCUGCUUGUCCUUCUCAGCCUGUUUCGAAAUCUGCGACAUCACAAUGCAGUCGUCUCGCCAAUGUCAGAGCCUCAACAAAGUGUCCAAGGAACCCCAAGCCCCAAAUAGUCAGCCUAGUACCACAGAAGAACACGCUGUUCUUCCCCUACACAUUAUCAAAGCUGUCACCAGAAGACUCACAAUGCGGGCCACGACUGGGACCAGGAAUACUUUCAGAACUACUAACGGGCCAGCACUCGGAACUACAUCAAUCAUGCGUACAAGCAUUGGCAGCGAUGUACUUUGGAAGAACGAACCGGGAUAGAAACGCCUGUGAACAAGGGCUACGCCUGUACUCUCAUGCACUGACUCAGCUCCGGACGGACAUCAGCAACUCAAAUACCGAUAUGGGCACCCUAAUGAGCGUCAUGUGUCUUUGUGUAUAUGAAAACGUGGUAUUUUCUCAACCAACUGCUUGGCUUCUUCACUAUGAUGGUCUCGGGAGAUUGAUGCAAGCGCGAGGCCCAAAACCAUGGAGAACGCCAGCCGAAAGGCAAGUACUGCAAGCGGCACGGUACUACAUUACUCUCUCCGCUGGUCAUCAACGUCGCCAUUGUUUCCUCGACCAGCCGCAAUGGGAGAGCACAAGAUGCCUCCCGGAAGGUGAAAUUCCAGAUAAGAUCGAUAUCCUGUACGACAUCUUUGCCCAGCCGCCUGGGAUCGUCGCGGACUACGACAAUAUACGGAAAGCAACUGUACCGGACCCUGUUGCAGUUGAGGUUUUGCGAAACAGGACACAAGCACUUAUCGAAAAGUUGCAUGAAUGGUACCGCGACAUGCCAUGGGUAUGUACCACCGAUCCAGUCAUGAGAGAGGCCAGCGGUAUCCCUCUUCCGGACGACCCUAUGGAAUGUGUAGCUCUCGCAAUCAGCUACGCCAUGCUUUUAUGUCUUGUCCAACCUUGUGAAUACCUGGGUAUCUCGCUAUUCCCGGAGAACAGUAUGGAGGAGACAAACAAUAUUGAUCAGGACUCAAAAAACAAGUUCUUGGCCCUGGAGAUCUGUCGCUUGGCAAACUGGGCACUUCGUGGUCAAGCUUCAGCGAGUUACGCCUUGCUGUUAGUGUAUCCACUUCAGAUAGCAUGGUUCUGCGUGCAGAAUAGUGAGGAGGAUCUCCGGAACGUUAGAGUCAUAAUGAACUCGGUUGUUGCGGACUCGUAUGGUUUUGAGUUGGGGAGGAUGAGGCACUGGGAUGAGAAUAGUCUGGAUCAAGGCCGGUAUGGCUUUUUGUAUUAA